GGUGGGAGGGGGAGGAAUGUCUCCUGGAAACAGGCGUUGACGUCUGCGGGGCUUUGAAGCUGAGGCCUUGCCUUGGAGGCUCCUCUCAGGACUUGACAGGCCCUUUCAGUGUUUUCAAUCCUUGCCUUUGGAUACACUCUUCAUCCACUUUGGAGGCACCUGAGAAGCACUGAGCAAAGAUGGAAAGGCAAGAGCCAGCUGGUUCCCAGUUAGAAACAUUUUCUGCUAUUGAGACAGAGAGUGGUGGAGUAUUCUGGGGGGAUCCUUGGAAGCAAAAUCUCGAAAACAGUCUGCUCCAUUCAGAACUUCAGAGCCUACUCUUCCGGUGCUUCCGCUAUGAGGAAGCCGAGGGGCCCCGGGAGGUUUGCAGCCGCCUCCACUUUCUGUGCCGCCUGUGGCUGAAGCCCGAACGACACUCCAAGGCGGAGAUGCUGGAUCUGGUGAUCCUGGAGCAGUUCCUGAGCAUCCUGCCUCCAGAGAUGGAGCGCUGGGUGAGGGAAUGUGGGGCAGAAACCAGUUCCCAGGCAGUGGCCUUGGCUGAAGGAUUCCUUCUGAGUCAGAAAGAGGAGAAGAAGCGGGAGAAGCCCCAGGUGCGGAAUUCGUUUGCAGAUGAGACGAAUGAAGUGAAAAAGUCUCUUUUGGGCACCAUUGGCACUUUCCAGGUUGGAGACAGGGAAUGCACCACAGUUGGCAAUGGAACAUGGUCAAGAGGUAGUAUCCCAUCUUUUCAUGCUUCUUUGCUAAGAAGAGAGUCUGCAAGACCAGAUCAGGUGACUUUUGAAGAUGUGUCUGUGGGUUUCACAGAGGAGGAAUGGGCCCUCUUGGAUCCUGGCCAAAGAGCCUUGCACCAGCAAGUUAUGGAGGAGAAUUUAGGGAUGGUGUCCUCUCUGGAAGCGACACCAUUUACAUGUUGGGAAAAUAGAAAGACUUUCAGUUGGGAGGAAAAGUUCACCUUCCACCAAGCAAUUCACACAGGAGAGAAAUCUUUUGAAUACAUGUCUGGAGGGAGCUUCAUUCCGAAGGAAAACUUUAGUAGUCAGGAAACCUAUCACACUAGGGAAACGCUGUUUAUAUGCUCAGAAUGUGGAAAGACCUUCUCUCAAAACGAAAACUUUAUGUGGAAUCAGGCAACACAAGCAGGCGUGGAAUCAUUCAAAUGCUCUGAGUGUGCAAAAGCUUUCAUUCAGAAGAGAAACCUCACUGCCAAUCAAGCAGUUCCCACAGAGGAUAAACCGUUUAAAUGCUUAGAGUGCGGAAAGAGCUUCCGUCACAAAAGGAAUCUGAUUCCUCAUCAGGAAGCUCAUACAAGAGAAAGACCAUUUCAGUGCUUGGAGUGUGGAAAGACUUUCACUCAGAAGACAGGCCUCACCUAUCACCUAGCGAUUCAUUCUGGAGAGAAGCCAUAUAAAUGCCUGGAGUGUGGAAAGGGCUUCAUUCAGAAGACAGCCCUUACCUAUCAUCAAGCUACUCAUACUGGGGAGAAGCCAUAUAGAUGCUUGGUGUGUGGAAAGUCUUUUAUUCGGAAGGGAAAUCUCACUACUCAUCAAACAAUUCACUCGGGGGAGAAGCCCUAUCAAUGCUUGGUGUGCGGAAAGAGCUUCCGGCAAAAGGGAUGCUUUGCCUCUCACCUGACCAUUCACACAGGGAAGAAGCCCUUUAAAUGCUUGGAGUGUGGAAGCUCCUUUACAGACAAAAGAUGCCUCAUUGCUCAUCAAGCAACACACUCUGGGGAGAAGCCAUUCAAAUGCUUGGAUUGUGGAAAGGGCUUCGCUCGGAAGGCAAACCUCACAGAACAUCAAAGAAUCCACACUGGGGAAACACCAUUUCAAUGCCUGGAGUGUGGAAGAAGUUUCAAACUGAAGAGAACCCUCCAUCUUCAUCAGGAGACACACACGGGGGAAAGAACCUAUUAAGUGCCCGGUGUGCGGAAAGAGCUUUUGCCAGAAGAAACACCUCCCUUCUUUUCCCUCAUCCAAACCAUGAGGAGACUGAACUUCUGCAACAGAGAGAGAUGACUUUAAAAUAGUAUUUCUUUGUUGUGUUUUUUCCAGGAAUGACUGGAAUUAAAAAAAUCUUUCGUUCUGAACAAACUGGCUUUCUUUUGAUGAAAUAUCAAAAAGAGUUACUGAAAAUAAGAGAGAAGGACAAAAAAGAGGUUUCAGGCUGGACAAGAUUCAUGGCCAGGAAUAUGAAGUACGAGGGUUAUCCAGAAAGUAAGGUUGCAAAGUUUUUUAAAAAUACAAAGAAUAUAUUUUAAUAAAACUUGUACAGAUUAUAGCAUAGGUAUUACAUUCUAUUUCCACAUAAUCACCAUUCAGUUCAAUACAUUUUGUCAUCCGUGCAAUGGGUUUUUUGAUUCCUGUGUCAUAGACUCUCCCGUUUCCUUUUUCAGUCAGUUCAUCACUUCGAUUGUCACCUUGGCAUCAUCAGAAAAGUGUUUUCCACCCAGGUAUUCCUUCAAUUUAGUGAAGAGAUAAUAGUCACCGGGUUGUGGACUGGGUUGUGGUGCGUGAACUGGACUGUGGCACAGCUGAUUGGGAGUCAAUUGCAUUAAAAUCACCACUGACUGAAGGGUCAUGAGUUCGAAGCCAGCCUGGGUUGGAAUAAGCUCCCAACCAUUUGUGUAGCUUGCUGUCGACCUUUGCAGCCUCAAAGACAGUUGCAUCUGUCAAGUAGGAAAUUUAGGUACCGCUUUAUACGGGGAGGUUAAUUUAACUAAUUUAUGACUCCAUAAAAAAUCUCCCUCAGUAUGCAAAAGAAUGGGGAAGUGGACGGAAUUUAAUCAUACCCUCAUGAAGCUGGAAAGUUAAAUAGCCUCUGUGUGUCUGUCUAUAUGUGUUGUGUGAAUGUUUGCCAUGUAUGUGUGCAUUGUAAUCUGCCCUGAGUCCCCUGCAGGGUGAGAUGGGUGGAAUAUGAAUACUGUAAAUAAAUAAAUAAAUAGUCACUGGAUGCAAGAUUGGGGCCGUGAGAGGGGUGGCUUCAAAAAUCCCAACCAAAUGAAGUCAACAACUCUUGUGUUGCUUGAGCAGUGUGUGGAUGCACAUUGUCAUGAAGGAGACAGACCCCUACUGUCAGCAUUCCACGUUUGUUUUGGAUGGCUCUUUGAAGUUUCUUCAUGGUCUCACAAUACCUUGCAGCAUUGUUUCACCUCUUUCCAAAAAAUCAACGAGCAGAAUCCCUUUUCUGUCCGAAAACACUCACGCCACAAUUUUUCUUGCAAUGAAUCGCAGCGGCAUUCGAGCCCUUAGCAUUUAGGUAGCGUAUUACAUCGUGAGCUUCGCACUUGGUGUGAAAUUGAAUGAGGACGCUCAUCUCUAACCUUCACCACAAUGCCAGUCGAUGAACUACGGACGACUGGCACUGUUCAUUCGCUUCCACUGGCUUUUGGCUGCAGCGUGAAAAUUCCCCGUGAGAGCUACGUGCCUUGUAACCUUACUUUCUGGAUAACCCUCGUAUAUGUUGGGACGCAACCUUUUCUCUCCACAAUGGAAACCCAAAGCAGGUGUUCUCUUUGCUCUUCUUCAAUGAGCAUGGAAAGAUGUCUGCUGUGGGCUAGUUGGAUAGCUUGGCCCUGCUAACUUUUCUAUUUAGUUAUGUACUUUGAAUAAAGUCUUCUAUAACUUGUCAAGCUUGACUCUGCUCCUGAAUUGCUUAAGCUUAAUCACUCUAUUGCUGGCACCAGAAGCUUCUGAUUUGCCGAACUGCAAUUGCUACAGCUGUUGCUGCUGAUUUACCUUUUUAAAAUGCCUUCUCCUUUUGGAAAAUUUCUCCAACAUCCUAAAGUGGGUGAAAUAUUUAUAUAUCUAAAACAAAUUAUAUAUUUUGUUUGUAACAAAAAUACUUUCAGUUGUUUUUUUGGCAGGAGGAAAAUAUGAUACAGAAAUAACAAAUUUAGCUUGAAGGAGAGAUAAUGGAAAUAUGUUUGAAUGGUUUUAACUGAAUCUUUUAAUACUAUUUACAUUUAAUUCUGCUUUCAUAUUUGUAUAUUUUAAAUGGUGUGCUAAUGUUUUUAUGUUAAGUCGCUCUGAGUCCCCUUCGGGGGAGAUAAAGCAGGGUAUAAAUAAUAUUAUGAUAAUAACAAUAAAUUAUAAAGUGUGCUGAAGCAUUC